UUCAGUUAUCUUGGGUAUUUACUUAGGAGUGGAAUUGCUGGCACAUAAGCCCAAGAUCGGGUGCCAGAAGAUUCAGUGUCUGGUGAGGUCCCGCUUUCUGAGUCAUGGGUGGUCCUGGCUGUGUCCUCACAUACUAAAGUGGCAAAGGAGCUCCCUCAGGCCACUUGGAAGACAGCAUUAAUCCUAUUCAUGAGGGCAUUGCCCUCUUGAUCUGAUCACUUCCCACAGGUUCCACUUUCUAAUACCAUCAUCUUGGGAGUUAGGUUUUCAACAUAUUAAUUUGGCGGGGCCAUAAACACUGAGACCAUAAUAAUACCUAAAGAGACGUGAGGGAUUCUGGGAAAUGAAAACCAGAAGCUCAAAAUAGUUUGACACUUCCACAUCAGAAGGCUUGGACAUUCUGGAAGUGUAGUCCAGGAGGGGGAUGCUGUUCUGCUUUUCCCUCAACUCCAGCAUUCUGUGAUAUGUUGUCCGGAGCUCCGUGUAGUCGCACAUAGGUCAGCUACAGUUAUGCUGUAAAUGUUUCCUCUGCGGGAUCCUGAGAAAUGUAGGUCCAGUCGCUCCAGGUAGUUGCAGGCACUUCCUGCUCGAGGAAGGCAGUGCUGUGGAAUUCUGGGAAGUGUAGUCCUAGUGCUCCUGGGAGUCGGAGGCACUUCCACCCAGGAAGACGACGUAGCAGCCAUCUUUUUUCCCUGGUUUUGGUUCUUUAAGUCAGCUCCUCAGGAACGUUUCAGACUUCCCCGAAAUGCGCUUAUGGUCAACAGGUAGCUGUGUUUUGUUUGGAGAAAAAAAGGAGUAGCGGCUAAGAGCAGAGCCCUGACUUCUCAAAAAGCACUGCACAGAGGAGGAGGCAGCAGAACCUCAUUUUCUUAGGACUCUGUACUUCCCCAGAAGGAAGAAUUAAAAAUGAAUAUGUUCAAGGAAGCAGUGACCUUCAAGGAUGUGGCUGUGGCCUUCACGGAGGAGGAGUUGGGGCUACUGGGCCCUGCCCAGAGGAAGCUAUACCGAGAUGUGAUGGUGGAGAACUUUAGGAACCUGCUGUCAGUGGGGCAUCAACCCUUCAAACGAGAUGUAUCACCUAUAGAAAGAAAAGAGCAGCUUUGCAUAAUGAAGACAGCAACUCAAAGACAGAGAAAUUCAGGAGAGAAUAAUCAAAGUAUGUUAAUGACUGUUCAAGACAGAGAGUCAGAAGAAGAGCUUUCUUGCUGGCAAAUCUGGCAACAAAUUGCAAGUGACUUAACCAGGUGUCAAGACUUCAUGAUCAACAAUUCUCAGUCUCACAAACAAGGUGAUUUCCCUUGCCAGGUAGGGGCAGGACUGUCUAUUCAAAUUUCUGAAGAUGAGAACUGUAUAGUAAAUAAAGCAGAUGACCCCAGUGAUACUGUGAAUCCGGAGUUUCCUACUUUGAGAACCCAGGAUUCUUGGAGGAAAAUGUUCCUGACUGAGUCACAGAGAUCGAACAGAGAUCGGCAGAUUUCCUUAAAAAAUAAACUAUGUCAACCUAAAGAGGGUGUUGACCCCAUCAAUUGGAUUUCACAUCAUGAUGGUCAUAGAGUACACGAAAGUGAAAAAUCUUAUAGACCCAGUGAUCACAAAAAAGACAACAUGAAGAUUUUGACAUUUGAUCAGAAUAGCAUGAUUCACACAGGACAGAAACCUUACCAGUGUAAUGAGUGUAAAAAACCCUUCAGUGAUCUCUCCAGCUUUGAUCUUCAUCAGCAGUUACAAUCAGGAGAGAAGUCUCUUACAUGUGUUGAGCAUGGAAAAGGCUUCUGUUACAGCUCAGUUCUUCCUGUUCAUCAGAAAGUACAUGUGGGAGAAAAACUUAAGUGUGAUGAGUGUGGUAAGGAAUUCAGUCAAGGCUCAAAUCUACAGACCCAUCAGAAAGUCCACCUGAUAGAGAAACCAUACAAAUGUAAGCAAUGUGGGAAAGGCUUCAGUCGUAGAUCAGCGCUUAAUGUUCAUUGUAAGAUCCACACAGGAGAGAAACCUUACAGUUGUGAGGAGUGUGGGAGGGCCUUCAGUCAGGCUUCUCAUCUUCAGGACCAUCAGAGACUCCACACUGGGGAGAAACCAUUCAAAUGUGAUGCAUGUGGUAAGAGCUUCAGUCGGAAUUCACAUCUUCAGUCCCAUCAAAGAGUUCAUACAGGAGAGAAACCAUACAAAUGUGAGGAGUGUGGGAAGGGGUUCAUUUGUAGCUCAAAUCUUUACAUUCAUCAGAGAGUCCACACAGGAGAAAAACCCUAUAAAUGUGAGGAAUGUGGUAAAGGCUUUAGUCGGCCUUCAAGUCUUCAGGCCCAUCAGGGAGUCCACACUGGAGAGAAGUCUUACAUAUGUACUGUAUGUGGGAAAGGCUUUACUCUGAGUUCAAACCUUCAAGCCCAUCAGAGAGUCCACACUGGAGAGAAGCCAUACAAAUGUGAGGAGUGUGGAAAGAGCUUCAGGAGAAACUCCCAUUAUCAAGUUCAUCUAGUGGUUCACACAGGAGAGAAACCCUAUAAAUGUGAGAUAUGUGGGAAGGGCUUCAGUCAAAGUUCAUAUCUUCAAAUCCAUCAGAAGGCCCACAGUGUAGAGAAACCUUUUAAGUGUGAGGAGUGUGGGCAGGGUUUCAAUCAGAGCUCACGACUUCAAAUUCACCAGCUGAUCCAUACGGGUGAGAAACCAUACAAAUGUGAAGAAUGUGGCAAGGGAUUCAGUCGUAGAGCAGAUCUUAAAAUUCAUUGUAGGAUACACACAGGAGAGAAACCAUAUAACUGUGAGGAGUGUGGGAAGGUCUUCAGACAGGCUUCAAAUCUUUUGGCCCAUCAGAGAGUUCAUAGUGGAGAAAAACCAUUCAAAUGUGAAGAAUGUGGGAAGAGUUUUGGUCGGAGUGCACAUCUUCAAGCCCAUCAAAAAGUCCACAAUGGAGAAAAACCAUACAAAUGUGAUGAGUGUGGGAAGGGCUUCAAGUGGAGCUUGAAUCUUGACAUGCAUCAGAGGGUGCACACAGGAGAAAAACCAUAUAAAUGUGGGGAGUGUGGUAAGUACUUCAGUCAGGCCUCAAGUCUUCAGCUUCAUCAGAGUGUCCACACAGGAGAGAAACCAUACAAAUGUGAUGUGUGUGGUAAAGUCUUCAGUCGGUCUUCACAAUUACAAUCUCAUCAGAGAGUUCACACUGGGGAGAAACCUUAUAAAUGUGACAUAUGUGGUAAGAGCUUCAGUUGGAGAUCAAAUCUUACAAUUCAUCACAGAAUCCAUGUUGGUGAUAAAUCCUAUAAAAAUAACAGAGGUGGUAAGAAUAUCAGAGAAUCCACACAGGAAAAAAUUCUAUAAAAUGAUUAUUUUUGAAGACUUGUGUCAUUUGAAUUCUUCCAACUGUGAAGUCUCAAAAAAUUAUAUUUGAAGUCAGUGUUUCAGCCAUAGCUCCUCAUGUCCCAGUGGUCCAAUAAAACAGUCUUUAUAAUUAGCAUAGCAAGGACUUCUUUGGUCAAAACCUCGACCUUUAUAAAAUGGUACUUAGAAGAGGGGGUGAUAGACUAAGAUAUUUCUCAGGCCUUUUACAAAAAUACCACAGUGGACAUGCCAAAAUUAAGUGUCUACUACAAUGUUAACUCCAUAAAGGCAGAGACUUGUUCACUACAGAGUCUACAUAAUCUUAGCGUUGCUGUGUACUUCACGGGUUCUCAAUAUUUGUUAAUAAGAAACAUUUUUGAAAGUUAUGUUGAGAUCACCUCCAGAAUAUCAUAAAUUUGUAAACAGGAAACCUGAAGGUAGCCUUAAUAAGAUUAAUUCAGGGAGACAGAAUUGAAAUGUAGAAAACCACUCAAUACUGAAUUCUGUUAAUUUGGCAUUAUCUUGUGAUUAGAUCCUGUCCUCACCUAGCCUCUAAAGUUGGGUCCUAUCUUCCCAGACCUUGUCUAGUUUUCUACUGGUUUAUACAAUAUAGAUUCAAUUAUCUUU